AUGGUGAGGCGGACGCAGCGAAGGGAGUUUCCAGGAGAGCUGGGAGCGCUUUACGGCGGGCGGCCUAUUGCCCGGUGGCUCGUCUCUCUGCGAGCAUUAAGCCCGUUCUUGGACGAGGAUGGGUCCUUACGAGUGGGCGGUCGACUUCAAUCGGCUCACCUGCCCUUCUCAGAAAAGCACCCGAAUACUCUGCCGAAAGAGGGUUACUUUACCGAGCUGGUCCUUCGCGACGCGCAUACGGCGACCCUGCAUGGAGGCCCUCAACUCAUGCGGAGCUAUCUUCUCCGUCGCUUCUGGGUCGUGGGGGUGGCCACUCGGGUCCAAAGGAUCGCCCGGGACUGCGUGCGCUGUGCCCGCUUCCGCGCGGAACUAGCGCAACAAAAGAUGGGUCAGCUGCCGCCGGAGCGCGUACGCUCCACCAGACCCUUUGCAUCGGCGGGGGUUGACUACGCAGGCCCUCUGCGUAUUCGAGCCCACAAGGGACGAGGCCACGCUGCUAGCAAGGACUAUAUUUGUUUUUUUGUCUGUCUAGCAACCAGGGCCGUGCAUCUGGAGGCCGUAUCGGACCUGUCGACACCGGCGUUUAUUGCAGCAUUCCGCCGAUUCAUUGCCCGUCGAGGUCGUUGCCGUCUGCUGCUCAGCGACAACGCGACUAAUUUCCGGGGAGCUGACGCCGAAUUGAGAGCCAGAUUCCGUGCCGCCUCCGACUUCUACAAGGAGGCCGGAGAAGUGCUAGCCAGCGACGGGACCGAAUGGAGGUUUAUCCCGCCUCAGGCUCCUCACUUUGGAGGCCUCUGGAAGCAGGGAUCCGUUUGGUCAAGCAUCAUCUGCGCCGCAUUCUCGGGGACCAUGCCUUGA